CUAAUCUAUACUCUUCCCAUUUCGCCCUAUACCCCCCCAGACUUUCAUCAUGUUCAAGUGGGCGCAAGCGGCGUGAGUACUCCAAGCACCCCAAACCAUCCAUGAUGCCGCCCACCCCCCACCACCCGCUGGACGCGUUGGCCAAUGUCGCCGGCACCAAGGAGCCUAUCUACGGCCCCGAGGCUAUCAGGUCUGUCGCCGAGGAGGCCAAGACGACUCCCUAUACCGAAACCGCCAAGGAUGACCUGAAAUGGCAGGCCAUGGAGUCCACUUGCGUCGAGACGCAGUGCUUCUACUUCAUGACGGACAGCGGCCAGCUCGCCUUUGCCCAGGUCAUCUACUCCAACGUUGCUGGCAUCCGCACGACUUGCCAGUUCAACUGCAAGGUCUUCUCCCUGGAUGGAUCCAAGCCCCACCUCUGGUGCUCUACGCCCCUCAACAACCACGAGUUCAGCGAGGACAAGACCAGCUUCUACGCCACCGACUGCGCCGUCGAGCUUUCGGAAGAUGGAAACUCGUACACUAUCAAGUCGUUGAACGAUGAAAGGUCGAUUGUCAACGUGACCAUCAAGAGGACAGCGCCUGGCUUCAAGAUUGGUACAUCCGGCACAACACUGUUUGGCACCGACCUUGCCAACCCUUGGGGUUCCAUGCGCCACGUUUUCUGGCCCAGGUGUGUCGCCGAGGGCACGAUUGCCACUCCGGAUGGUCCCGUCGACUGCAAGGGACGCGCCAUGUUCGUCCACGCUCUGCAGGGCAUGAAGCCUCACCACGCCGCGGCCAAGUGGAACUUUUGCAACUUCCAAGGCCCCAACUACUCUGCGGUCCUGAUGCAGUACACGACUCCCCCUUCUUACGGAUCGACGGUUGUGAACGUCGGCGGUAUCGUCAAGGACAAUGAGAUCAUUUUCGCCGGCGCCGAGGGUGCGGUCACGCAUGUUGCGAUCAAGGGCGACACGGAGAACGACUGGCCCGAGCCAACUGCUAUCAAGUUUGAGUGGAAGGGUACUACCAAGGACGGCAAGCAGGCCGAUGCUGUUCUAGAGGGCGAGCUCGAGGAUAAGCUCGACAGGAUAGACGUCAUGGCUGAGGUGCCAGGAUUUGUCAAGCAGAUCGUCGCGGGUGCUGUUGGCACAAAGCCGUACAUUUACCAGUACGCGCCACAAAAGAAGAAGCUCACUCUCAAGCUCAAGCUUGGGGAGGAAGAAAUCUCGGAGGAGGGCUACCUGUUCAGCGAGGCUACCUUCAUUUCCGCCUAAAUCUAAGAUGUGGAUGAGGAAGUAAUGACGGUUUUUUCUGGGUAACACGCUAUAUCAAUGAGGGCUGGUAUCAUGGUUUGGAGUCGUUGAGAGAUGCCGAUAGAGGUGCUUGGUCACUCGUUGGACGGUUUGUCUCCUGCAUACUGUUUAUAAGGACUCGAUAAUUUGCUCCAUCUCGGUCCGGACAAGGAGCCCGCUUUGCAUAGUGGAUCUGAUAUAACAUAACAAGGCUUCCUGGAGAGCCCACUAAUUUAAUAGACUUGGAUUGCUUCCUGUG